AUGUCGGACUCCCCCCAAUCUCCUCCAAAGGAUGUUGAUCAAGGUGCACAGUCGCCAGACGACGAAGGACAAAUGAACGACCAUCAAGACCCACACUCGGCUGGCGGCACUGCGGGUUAUGAGUUCGAGGUAAAGGAGCAGGACAGAUGGUUGCCUAUAGCCAAUGUCGCAAGAAUUAUGAAAAACGCCUUGCCAGACAAUGCCAAAAUCGCCAAAGAGGCCAAAGAGUGUAUGCAAGAGUGUGUAAGCGAGUUUAUCUCCUUCAUCACCAGUGAAGCCUCCGAGAAGUGCCAACAGGAGAAGAGGAAAACGGUCAACGGUGAAGAUAUUCUCUUUGCAAUGACCUCGCUUGGAUUCGAGAAUUAUGCAGAAGCCCUGAAAGUCUACCUUUCAAAAUACCGAGAACAACAAAAUCAGUCUAACCGAGAGCGCGUCAUGGAAAAUUCCUGGGGCGGAUCUAUGCUGCCCGGAGAGAAAGGCGAAUCCGCAACCGGGACGGACUUUGCGACUGGUGAAGGCUCGAGUACUGCCGAAGGAGGCGCCGAUCCCAACUACAUGUAUGGGCAACAUGCUGGUCACAACGGCGCUGCUGCGGGCGAUGGCUAUUGA